AUGUCCCCCCACCCUGCCAUCCUCCUGGGCCUAGUGCUCUGCCUGGCCCAGCUGAUCCACAUGAAGUACGAGGUCCUGCUCACACCCUCCAUCUCUGCUGAGCCACACUUUGUGAUCCCCCGGGGAAAGUCUGUGACCUUCGUGUGCCAGGGCCCGGCCCAGGUUAAGUUAUUCCGUCUGGAGAAGGAGGGAAGAGAAAAUAAUUACAGAGAUGCUGAAAAUGAGUCUCAAGUUGGCUCAUCUUAUGCAGAGGCCAGAUUCUCUAUCGACUCAGUAACUGAAAAAAAUGCUGGACGUUAUCGCUGUGUCUAUCAUAUGUCUGGCAAGUGGUCAGAGUACAGUGACCACCUGGAGCUGAUUGUGACAGAAAUCUCUGAAGAUUUUAGCUCCCCUUGCACAGAGCCCAGCCAUGAAACUAAACAGGGGCCUUCAGAUGACAGUAAUGAUGGCGGUGAGGGGACACAGGAGCGUGAGCCUGGCACACCUGCUUCCCUUGGCCUGAGGAAGGAGUAUCUUUAUAUUCUCACUGGGGUCUUUGUGAUCUUUCUCCUUUGUCUUCUCCUCCUGGUCAUCUUCCUCUAUCACAAGAGAAAAAAAAAACAGGGGCUCCCCAGCAGCAAGGAUGCCAAGCAGAGGCCACAGCAGAGGCCCAGCCCAGCUGUUGAUGUCCUGGAGAGGACAGCAGUUGUGGCCUCCAUCGAUGAACUUCCUGAGAAGGACAGAGAGACGGACACCUCGGCCCCUGCUGCAGGGGACACCCAGGAGGUGACAUAUGCACAGCUGGACCACUGGGCCCUCACGCAGAGGACAGCCCAUGCUGUGUCCCCACAGUCCAUGGAGCCUAUGGUGGAGUACAGCACAUAUGCAGCUGUAGCCAGACAUUGA